UUUCACCACAUGUUUUUCACCUAAUGUAAACAUAUGCUCGACAUGGAAAAUACCCAUUUAGUUUUUGAAAUUGAUUAAUUACUCGAAUAAUUGUGAAGGGCAGUUAUUUUAAAACAGGUUCCACAAAAGUACUACACGAUGCAUUCCAUAAACGGAGCAAGGUUGGUCCUUGGGCAGAAAAGCUGAAAACAUGAAUGGUCGUGGCCGCGGAACGUGUGAAGGAAGGAAUGGAAGGGUGGAGGUCGGUAAACGAGCAAAGGUGGACUGUCACAAAAUUUUGGCAGUGCCGAAGUAAAGGCGGAGAGGAGGAGGGGAAACAGUCCGCUUAUCACAAUGGGACGUAUCUUCCAUUGGCUCCCCUGCGUUCGGUCGAAUUCGGCCAAAGGGAACGAUUCGUCCAUGCCAACUGGGCCCGGGAGAUCCAGAUUAUUCACGAAAAUCAAAAAAGUUCGGUUCAUCUAACAUCAAAAUCCCCAAAGCUGCUGCGUACGCCGGCGCCCUACAAAGGCGAAAAGUACAACUCAAAAAACCAUGGGUGGAGGUCGUGGGGGAAGCAGUCCGCGGUAAUUCUCAAGCCAGAAUCAGAAGACCAAAGGCGGGACAUAAACGAAGAUAUGGUGAAAGCAAUAGGCGAAUACAUGGCCCAAAGACCGUUUCAAUACAGAAAACAAGAUGAGCCAGUGGACCAACAGAAACAACAAAGCACAGAACUGGUGAAAGAGAAGUCGGUCAAAUCGCUAUCAAAACCUCACCUUGAAACUGAAAUUGUGAAAACUGAAGAACCAGCCGAAAACGAACUGACUUCGCCCCACUUUGUACCUGCGCCGAUUGCUGCAAUCGAAUACACAAAAACACCCCCUUCGUCUCAAACGCACAGUGGAAAAAGUUCUUCGGAUGUAAAAAGCACAAAGCCCGUUCAGAUUUAUUCAACCUCCACCGAACGACUUGUUAGGCCAACGCUUCAGACAUGUGUCGCAACUUCGUCGACUUCCCUUAGCACGGAACCUUCUGAAGAGUCGACUGGAUACGCUGUUUUAUCCCAAGAAAAAUCCCAAACACCGCAGGAAGGAGUCUCUGUGAAUCGAAAACCCCUGGAAAAGUCGGCUUCACAUGCUAAGAGUUUAGAUUUUGACAAAUCGGCAUCCGCUUCAGUAUGUAAACAGCCCUCUGUUGCUCCUACGCACACUUCUGAGCGUACCGACCCCCUGGCACAGUGUUCAGUCCCUAGACAACCUUUCCAUGAGAAACCGCUGUUUACAAAAAACAUUGCAGCCUGUGCUGAAAGAACACCGAAUGCGCCUAUCCUUGUAAGAGAACAAUCUUGUGUUAGCUCACCUUACCUUACAGUAGCAAAAGACGUUCGGCCGACGGUAUCGGUGAAAAUAGAACCUCCACUUGUAAGUAAUACUUCAGUAAUUAUGGGCAGUGGGCGUGCUAUAGAUUCAAAGAGCAGGAGCAAGAUUUACGUUUCAACAGAACAAGGUCCACGGCCGACGCUUUCAGUAGUCGUUAACCCUCCUCUUGCUAAAUCUUUAAUUUCGUCUAACAAUGAACUGCCCAUUGAAGCAAAAUCAGGGAUUUCAGCGGGCAAACCGACUUUACUUGCAAAAGAGCACAUGUUCUCAGCAGGGAAUUCAGAAAGUGAAUUGUCUAAUAAAACUAAGGCUAAACUUCUCAAAGAUCCACUAGGAGUGACUAGAUCUGCUGCUUCGUUGGGAAAAACACACGCUAUAGAAAAGAUGCCAUCUCAUUUAAACAUGAAACAAACAUCGAAUAAAACUCGACCAGACAGCUUGGUGAACACACCUUUAAAAUCGAGGUCAGCGGUUACAGUCGAUAGUGAUAUAGGGCCUUCAGCAAGCAAAGGGAUGGUUCGUAGAGAGAAGUCGAAAGGAUCAGAAACCUCACUUGGAUGCAGUAGGCAAAGUCAUAGAUACCAAAAUUUAUAGCAUGUUAAAAUGCACCCAAAUAAAAUUAUUUAAAGUAAAAGAAUUUUCUUCGAAAAAAAGACUUUUUACUCCAGCAUUGAAUCAUAUAUUCUCUGGACGAGUAUUUUAGCUUUACUAUAGCUGUGUCAUCCUUUAUCUAAUCAAUUUCUAUAAAUUUAUGUAUUUGCAUGCUGAGAUAGACGUUCAACAAUAAAUAUUUAGAGGCUAAUCGUUCAAAUUAAAAGCGCUUUUCCCACUGAAACUCUUGAGGUCCGUGUUGUAGGUUCGAACGAAACCAAAUCGACAUCCGAAGCAGAGAGAUCUGUCUCAAGG